CCAAUUAAAAUAUGUAUUUUCUAUCACCUUAAAAGACUUUAUCAUAGUGACAAUUAGUAGCAGGGUUUAAAUUAAAUCAAUGUUAAUGUUGUAUAAUGGUCAUCGUAAAAUCAAAUAAUGGGUUUGCCAGCAAAGUUAACAGCUGAAGAACAAGCAUUGGUCAACAAAUAUGCACUUCUAAAGAAAAAGAAAAAAGCAGCCCUCAGUCAAAAGCUUGUGCAAGCUCCAACUAAGAGCAGCUCAUCCAUUACACCAAAGAAAAAAGAUGUGUUGUCAGUAAGCCCAAGCAAAGAACCUCAAAUUGCUCCUAAAGAUGCGAAAGAAAAAGCAAAACAGCUCCUUGCAUCUGGUCAACUUAAAAUUAGCAAAGGGAAUGAAAAUCGUUCGUUUAAAAGAGCAAGAGGAUUGACGUCAGAGAAGAAGACAAAAGAAACAACUUUCACAGAAGCUGUAACUUCAACUAAAGACCAAGCAGAAAAGAUCGAAAAUAUCAGAAGAAAUUCUUAUAACAAGUUCGUUUCAGCUGGUGAUAAGAAAGAUUCAGGAACGGAAUCACGAAAAUUUGACCACCCCAGACGACAGAGUAAUUUAUUCGUAUCAGGAUUUGGUUUAACAAGACAUAUUAUGGAUACUUCAUUUCACCGGUUCGGGGAUAUCAAAAACAUCUACUUUGACUCAGACAAAAGUCAUGGCUACGUAACGUAUCAUAGGUACGAAUCUGCAGAGAAAGCAAUAGCUGAGCUUCACGGUUCUAUGAUUGAAAAUGUAACAUUACGAGUAAUGUAUGCACGCAAAAGAAAUUAUGAUGACAAUAGGCAUACAUGGCGACCAAGAGCUCAGCACGCUGCCUUAGAUGAGCCUGAUCAAUCUGACAGUAAUAUGCCAUCACAGAAAACGAAUGUUCCGAGACUAUCAACAGAAAGUUCCAUUAAGAAGAAGGCAGCAUCGAUAGAGAAGCGAUCUUUGGUAACUUAUGACGAUACAUUUGAUUUCUAAAGACAAGUUGGUUUCCUUCAACUUUUAUGGAGAAAUAACGAGCUGCAAAAAAGCUGAAUUUGUAAUCGGUAACACUUAUAUUUAUACACGAUGUAUAAGUACGAUUUACCGACAAUUUACCGACGCAAAGUUAGAUCUAUGAUUUGCAUUGUCAAAAAGCGAGCAGUUGGCAAAAACCCUUUUGACAGGAAGAACAACUAGCGUCUGCGUUUAUAUGAGAAUUUGGAUCUAUUUUUUAUUGAUGGUACUUUUGGUUUAUUAAAAAGUUUUUACAAAGAAA